AUGUGGGGCAUUGUGGAGAUUGCAUUUACGGAGGGUCGGAUCACGGCGCGCUGGGCCUCAACCGGUAGAAUGGUGCCAAGAUCAAACCACAGUGCGACCUUUGUGCCGGCUCGCAUUGCAGGGGGCGCGUACCCCUCCGGCUACGUUGUCGCUUUUGGUGGGAAUGUUGAUGGCUGCGUUUCGGAUUCCAUGGACCUUUUUGAUGUUAAGACACGCGUUUGGACAGAAGGUAUCUUCUCUGAGGGAGAGAGGCCAGCACGCAGAAACUCCCAUAGUGGUACGCUGCUUCGGCGUGGUGCUGGAGAAUAUGGUAUUCUAAUUGUGGGCGGAGGAACUGGUGACGACAGCAACGGUGGACCUCCGCGUGGAGGCCACGACUUCUCAGAACCUGAGGUUGGCGCUUACUGGCUUCUAGGCCUAGAUGCUUCGUCAUCAUUCCGAUGGCAGCGUGAGCCCUUGGCAGCCGAAGUCAAUGGCCGUGGUCAUGUAGCUGUACGCUUAACAGGCACAAAUACCAUGGUCGCCAUCAGUGGUGGUCAGCGUUCCAUUGGGCACUCCAAUGCCAUAGGCUUCAACUAUCAGAAGCGAUUAAGGGCUCGCCAGGGCUUUCCUGCUGCCCGAUCUUUCGGCGGAGGUUGUGCCCUGCCAAAUGGUGUGAUAAUGCUCUUUGGCGGCUGGCACCCCAGAAGAGGCACCUAUGCCAAUUUCUGGGCGGGCUGCGUGGAUGGCGUUGGUUCGGAGUGGUACCAAUCACUAGAGACCCCUGAGCAAAGGAUGGCACCUCAGCGGUUCUAUCGUGAGCGGGCCGAACGCGAAGCUCGCGAGCGACGCGAGCAAGAGGAGCGUGAGGGAGAGGGACGUCGGCUGGAUGCACUUGAGCCAGAGGUGGGAUCUCACUACCAAGAGGCACUUGAGCAAGAGGCAGCCGAGCUUCAGGAGAAUGAGCAUGAGUCUGACAGUGAUGUCAGCGAUGACGCUAUCAGCAUUCCUCUGAUGUGGAGAAUGGCCCAGCUGGCGUACCUGGAGGGCUCACAAACAGUCCCGUCAGUGCUCCGAGGCCCAUGGGCUGAGGGGUUUCCUUCGCAACAUGGGACCACUUUGGAGGACGAGGAUGACGAGGAGGAUGAGGAUGAGGAUGAGGAUGAUGAUGAUGGUGAGGGCGGCGAUCCCAAUGGGGAGGGCGAAGAGCACUUGGAAGUCGAUUAUCAGAUUCAUGAGAAAUCCCAACCAAAAGCGUCUUUCUUCGUGGCCGUGAUUGACAUCAUGGCGGACUACACUACGUCAACGGCAUCGCAGACCCUCGAGGCCGUCUACAACUCCUUGGCUCCCCUAUGGGUGGAGCUCUCCUUCUUGUUCUUCUUUUCCAUGGGCUUCUUCUACCUUCGUGCAGACACCUUCCGUAAGGCCAAGAAGGGCAAAGUCAAGGCAGGGCCGCCAACAUUCCGAGCCUCCGUGCGUAAGACGAUGGAGGCGGAAGCUGCUGCUGGUAGGGCUUCGAAGCUCCUGGAGGCAUGGCGCCAAGAACAAGCCCAAGCCCCCACCCCAAAGGAUCUCCUGAAGCCCGUAGUGCAAGCCUUUGUGGAUGCGGAGCCCGAACAGCUUGUCGAUGAAAUCGUUGAGCAUCUUCGCUUGCACAAGGAGGUCUUGGUGAACUCGUGGGCAGGGACCGUGAUCUUGGACACAGUCGCUCGCUCCGGGAACGUGGAGGUGAUGAUGGACCUGUGGAACGUCUACCAAAAGAGGCUCUGCCUAGCACGGAGCUGCUCCAUGUACGAAGUGGUACUUGGAGGCUUUGCCUCUGCAGGCCAUCCUGACAGAGUCGAGGAAUUCGAGAAUCUUUUGCGGAAAGAUCGGCUCAAACUCUCACCCCGUGGCCACUCCCUGAUCAUCAAAGGCUUCUUGAAGAAUGGCUUGGUCGAUGAGGUGCUCAAGAGGAUCGUCUCCAUGACCAAGUCCGGGCAUGUGGUGCCUGCCUUUGCUGUCGCACAGUUCCUCCGCGUAGCAGCCGAGAGCUCAAAGGCUGCGACUAUGAAGCUGAUUGAGCAUGGCGUGUCUCUGGGGACCGAAGCGGUCACAGUGAUCCUCGAAGACUGUGUCCGCAACCAUGAUGCGAAGCUGGCCCGGGAGGUGGAGAAGGCAGCUCGCGAGUCAAAGGUCUCCUUCGGAGUGCAUGCAUUCGAUGCGCUGCUCAAAGCUUACGCUGAAGAUUGUGAUGUUCACGCCAUCGAGAUCUUCAAAGAAAUGCAGGCUGAAGGUCACACCAUCAGUGAAGGGCUUUGCGUUGGACUUCUUGCCCGCUGUGCAGAUGGCAAAUUCCUGAGCUUUGCAGAGGAGAUCGUGCGGUUCGUGCGUGCUGGGCCGGGGAUGAGCAUCGCCGUGUACAGCGGGCUGAUGAAGGUAUAUGCCUACUCCGGGAUGUACGGCAAGGCCUGUGACCUUUACGAUCAGAUUCGCCAAGAUGGCCUGGAGCCAGACACCAUGAUGUAUGGCUGCCUGAUGAAGUUCUCCGUGGAGUGUGGCCGCACCCAGCUCUCGCAGGAGCUCUCCGAGAAGCUCUCGGUUUUGGACAUCCAGAACUACAUGUCCUUGAUCAAAGCAGCGGGCCGCGACCGCGACGUUGACCGUGCCUUCUCCAUCAUCCAACGUCUUCGCGAGAACAACGUCAAGCCAGAUGCCAUCGCUUUCAAUUGCGUCUUGGAUGUUUGCGUGAAAGCCGGAGACCUGGGCCGUGCACGAAGGCUGGUCCAAGAGAUGAAGGACCUGGGCCUACUUGACAUCAUCACCUACAACACUCUCUUGAAGGGUUACUGCAACAAGGGUGACCUGAGAGGUGCCAAGGACCUCCUGUCUGAGAUGACGGCGGCAGGGUUUGAGCCCAACGAUGUGUCCUACAACUGCAUCCUCAACACGGCCGUGAAUAAUGGCAGCUUCGAGGAGGCUUGGGACACAAUUGCCAAGAUGGAACAAAUGAAUGUACCGCCAGACCACUACACAGUUUCCAUCAUGCUCAAGGCCCUGAAGAGGGCGAAAGGACAGAAGGAUGUCAGUCGUUGCUUGAACUUCUUGGACCGCUCCUCCAUUGAUCCUUGCUCUGAUGAGAUUCUGAUGAAUACAGUGCUGGAGACAUACAUUCGCCACAAGGAGUUCAGGCGACUUGAGAGCCUCCUCAGCAAAUUCGAGCAGUCCAACUUGCGGCCAUCAGUUCCCACCUACGGGUCCAUCAUCAAAGCCUACGCAAAUUUGAAGUGCCCUGAGAAGUGCUGGCACUAUUGGAAUGAGAUGCAGGGACAGCGGGGGCUGGAGCCCAAUGACAUUGUCUAUGGAUGCAUGCUGGAUGCCCUGGUCUGCAAUGGACAAGUCGACGAAGCCGUGCAACUGUUCGAGAAAAGCAACUUGAAGCCCAAUGCGGUGCUCUGCUCGAUUCUGGUCAAGGGCUUCACAAACACUGGCCAGUCUCAGCGAGCAAUGGAGCUUUGGCAUGACAUGCGACGCAAAGGCGUGAAGAUGAACACGGCGGCCUGCAAUGCCUUUGUCGAUGCACAGGCACGUGUGGGCAACAUGGAUGAUGUGCUGGAGAUAGUACAGGCAAUGGAUGCAGAAGGUUGCAGGCCGGAUGGCAUCACGCACUCGACCAUUGUCAAGGGCUAUUCUGUUAGGGGCGACCUUGACAAAGCCAUGGAAGUCCUGCGCGGCAUGCAAGAGAGUGGUGUUUACCAUGAUGCGAUCGUCUACAACACCAUCUUGGAUGGCUGCACCAAGCACAAGAGGUCGGACUUAGUGGACCAGAUCCUGCACAGCAUGGAGGACCACAGGAUUGUCCCGACCAACUUCACUCUUGGCAUCCUUGUGAAGUUUUACAGCCGCCAAAAGCAGUUGGACAAGGCGUUUGCCGCAAUGUCCUCCCUGCCGAAGCGGGGCAACUUCGUUCCCAACUGCCAGGUCUGGUCGUGCCUGAUGGGCGCCUGCUUGAUGAACGGAUCCCCAGCUAAGGCUUUGCAGGUCUUCCGCGACAUGCGCCAAGCAGGUCAGAGUGCAGACACGCGUGCCUGCACCUCGCUGGUCUCAGGCCUGGUCCGAAUGGGCCAGAUGAGGGAGGCGGUCCAGGUCGUGGAGGAGGUCUAUGGGCUGAAUGGCGGCAAGGGUCUGAAGAACCAUGGAGUUUCCAUUGAACAAGAUUGCUUGGAGAGCUUGCUGGCCGCCUUGGUCCAGAAAGGCCUCCGAGAGGAGUUGGCGGCUCCACUCCUGGAGCGGCUUCGCGCAGCCAAGGUCCCCAUCAGUGGACGCCUCAUGGCUGCGACCUUGGCUGAGGAACGUUCUCCGGAGCGUCCUGAGCGUUCCUCUGCCCGUAAGGGCCGCGAAGCCUAUCGCUACUGA